AUGUCUGACGGCGGGCCGGCUGUAGCUAACCACGGCGAAGAUGGUGAACUCAGGCAAUCACCAUCGACCACGGAUACAGCUUCAGACUCGAGUACAGCUGUAGGGUCUUCUUUGAUCUUGCACUCGCAGGCACAGCCAUCGGGUUUCCUUGCCCGGUUUCGAUACUCCCUUUAUGCUGCUGGCAUCGCGCUUCUUUUCACUCCUCUCACCUAUCUAUGGAGUGGACAGGCACCCAUCGACCCUACAAACUACGUCGAACGCACGCGACGAGUCUUGAAAACUACUCCCCUGAUCGAUGGUCACAAUGAUCUCCCAUGGCAGCUUCGUAUUGAGCUGCAGAAUCGUAUCUACGAUGGUCGCGUAGACCUCACCAAACGCCUGCUUGGCCACACCGACCUUGUGCGAAUGCGUGAAGGCAUGGUUGGUGGGCAGUUCUGGAGCGUCUAUGUCGACUGCGAUGUGAACCAGAAGCAUUUCGAAGAUCCGUCAUGGGUCGUCCGCGAUACCCUCGAGCAAAUUGAUGUGACCAAGCGCUUCAUCUCGGAGCACCCCAAUCAUCUGCAAUACUGCGACACUUCCGCCUGCGCCCGUGCUGCCUUCCAAGCCGGCCGCAUCUCCAGCAUGAUUGGCAUCGAAGGCGGGCACCAAGUUGGGAGCAGCAUCGCUAGCAUCCGUCAAAUAUACCAACUCGGUGCCCGUUACAUCACCCUGACCCACAACUGCGACAACGCCUUCGGGACUUCAGCGAGUACCGUCGCCGGCGGAGGCGUAGACGGGGGUCUUUUCAAAUUCGGCUACGAGGCUGUCAAAGACAUGAACCGCUUGGGAAUGAUGAUCGAUCUGUCGCACGUGUCGCAUCAGACGAUGCGGGACGUGGUCUCCGUCGCACGAGCGCCAGUGAUCUUCUCUCAUUCUGGCGCGUACGGCGUGGAGAAGCAUCUCCGGCACGUCCCAGACGACGUGCUGCGGUCUGUGAAGAAGAACGGUGGCAUCGUCAUGGCGGUAUUUGUUAACCGCUUCCUCAACAUGAAGCACCCAGAAGAGGCCACGAUUCACGAUGCAGUCGAUCACAUCCUGUACAUUGCGGACGUGUGUGGCUGGGAGUGCGUCGGCAUUGGCAGUGACUUCAGCGGGACACCGAAUGUGCCAAUUGGGCUGGAAGAUGUAUCCAAGUUCCCGGAUCUGGUGCAGCUGUUGAUGGAACGCGGUGCCACAGACGAACAGGUCAAGCUGCUUGUUGGCGAGAAUAUCUUGCGGGUCUGGGGGAACAUCGAGCAGCGGGCAAAGGAGAUUCAGGCCAGUGGUGAACUUCCGGUGGAGGCGGAGUGGGAACGAAGGGAGUGGCACAAGGGCCUUAGGGGCUCACCAUGGAUGCUCAGAGGAAGCAGAGUGGGGAACAAUCAACUUAAGUUGAUAGAUUGA